AUUCCUCGCCUCUCGCCGCCCGCCCGCCUGCCCGCACCGCCGCUUCCCGUCCCCCGACCCCUUCUUCCGCAGGGAGAGAGAUGACCACCCGAUUCAAGAAGAACCGGAAGAAGCGCGGCCACGUGAGCGCCGGCCACGGCCGCAUCGGGAAGCACCGGAAGCACCCCGGCGGCCGCGGGAACGCCGGGGGGAUGCACCACCACCGCAUCCUCUUCGACAAGUACCACCCGGGCUACUUCGGCAAGGUCGGCAUGCGGUACUUCCACAAGCUCCGCAACAAGUUCUACUCCCCCAUCGUCAACGUCGAGAAGCUCUGGUCCCUCGUCCCCCAGGACGUGAAGGACAAGGCCUCCGAGGACAGCGCGCCCGUGAUCGACGUGACCCAGUUCGGGUACUUCAAGGUCCUGGGCAAGGGGGUGCUGCCGGGGAAGCAGCCGGUCGUGGUGAAGGCGAAGCUGAUCUCGAAGAUCGCGGAGAAGAAGAUCAAGGAGGCCGGUGGUGCGGUUGUGCUCACUGCUUAGGUGAAUCAAAGUUUGUUCCUUUUCUUCUUUUUAGUGCUGAUUUUGUUGGUUUUGGUUACCGAAGUUGUGUUAUUGUUUUUGGGGAAUAGUUGUAUCAGAUGAGAAUGGGGCGUUAUUGUCACAUUGCUUGUCGAAUGCUGAUAAAUUUUGAGCACGGUGUCUUUCUUGGUCAAUGGUUUGAUCUGUUUCAUGGAGGCAAAUGGUAACUUUUCUUUUGGAUU